GGGAUAAUUUGCUAUGGAAUUUACGCAGCUUUCGUCACUGAUAGAGAGGCAACUGGAAAGAGCAAACAGUUCCCUGGAAUAAGGUUUUUCGCCUGUACGCUGGGAUCAAACUUCAACCUCAUGCUCAGGAGGGAAUGGCUAUUGCUUUCUGGAAUGAUAGACUGUUCCAAGGAAAGCAUCCAUAAUGCUCUCACGAUGAAGAAUGCUGGACAAGCUGUGGUUGUUGUCGUAGGAGGAGCUGAAGAAGCCCUUUAUGCUCGACCUGGAGUGCACAAACUCAAGCUGCUAACUCGAAAAGGUUUCGUAAAGCAAGCACUCCGAUGCGGUGCUUCGUUAGUACCUGUGUAUUCAUUUGGAGAGACUGAUGUCUACCAACAG